AAUAUUAUAGUGCUAAUGCAAGAUAUUUAUCAGAUGAGGCCAUCAAAGACAUUAAAACAUCAUUCGGUAAGGUACCUGAUGCCAUAAAUACAAUGGCAAAAAAAUAUCGUAUAUCUGUUUCUCGAGCCAAAGAAUAUAUUGAGAAUCGGGAACGUAAACAGCAAAUGAUAGAUUCUUAUUCAUCUCAG